AAAAAAUCAAAUUAUGUAUACAAUUUUAACCUCAAGAUAAAACCGUUAUGUUAAUUUAUAACUAUUGGCAGAUCUUGAAAGAUAUUUUAAAAAAAAAGAACGAAGGAUUUCAAUUUUAAGAACUAUGGAGGUUCAACUCUAAAGAAAUAUUAAAAAUCUAUAUUAUGAAAACUUUUAAAUAUUCAAAAUGUCUAACCAAGGUGAUGAUGAGAAGAAGAAGCCGGGAAAGCUACCCCCUUUAUUCACUUUCCUAAAUGCUGGAUUUUGCGGCAUGGCUGCAACCUGUUUCGUUCAUCCUAUGGAUGUAAUCAAAAAUCGAAUUCAAGUACAAAAGGAGAAAGCCUCAAUCGCGUCCAUAAUUAGUUCAAUAUAUAAAAACGAAGGAAUUUUGAAAUUCUAUUCGGGCUUAAGUGCUGGUCUCGUACGACAAGCAACGUAUACUACCGUCAGACUUGGUAUAUAUAAUCAACUACAAGAAUAUUGGAGACACAAUCAUCCUGAGCGUCCUGGUUUCGGAGUAUUGGCGCUAAUGGCGGGAACAGCGGGAGCUACUGGAGCAUUCGUCGGUACACCGGCGGAAGUGGCCCUUGUACGGAUGUCAGCUGAUGGCAGAUUACCAAAAGAACAAAGAAGAAACUACAAGAACGUGUUUCAUGCAUUUAGUAAAAUAGCGAAGGACGAAGGAGUUACUACUCUUUGGAGAGGAAGUGUGGCUACAAUGGGGAGAGCUAUCGUUGUUAAUAUAUCUCAGCUUGCAACUUACAGUCAUAUCAAGAUGUUGAUAGCCACGAAACUGCAGAUGUCGGAUGGUCCUUUACUCUACUUCUGUGCGUCAAUGUUAUCAGGAUUCCUCACUGUUCUUAAUUCCAUGCCAUUUGAUGUAGCUAAAACCAGGGUACAAAUUAUAAAAACAACGAAAAAACCACCUGGUCUAAUACCAAUGAUGGUAUCCAUUGCUAGAAACGAAGGUAUAUUGGCACUUUGGAAAGGUUUCUUGCCCACCUACUGCAGAAUAGGACCGCACACAGUUUUAACGUUAUUAUUCAAUGAACAAAUUACUAAGCUGUACAGGCGAUACAUGAUGUAGUCGUUUAAAAAAAUCGUAGCCAUUAUUGAAUAUCUGGAAAUUUUUUUAAUUAUAUGUACCUGUAUGUUUGAGAAUUUUCUUGAUUUGUAUAAAAUAAAGCAGAGUUAAAAAUU